CCGCCCAGUUGGGCUUAGCUAGCCAAUGGGACUUUGCACUCGCCUGGUUCUCCCCGCUCCGCUGUUUCAGUUUCACGAUUGGCUGCAAAGACGCAAACGCCCCCUCUAGACGGAAUCUGACUGGAUCACUCCUUUCUGCUUGUCACGACCUCUGGGGGCUAGAAGGAGACGUGGGGGAUUGAAGGGGGUGGGGAGAGGCGAACCCUUUCGAAAAGGAACCGUCCUGUGUUUAGAUUCCCGCGUGGUGGGCGGGGCGGGGCGUUGUAUGUCACGUGAUGGGCUAAGAUGGCGUUGUCUGCGGAAGGUACAGACUUGGAGGCCUCAUUGCUGAGUUUUGAGAAACUGGACCGGGCAUCGCCAGACCUCUGGCCAGAGCAGUUACCAGGUGUUGCUGAAUUUGCUGCUUCUUUUAAAAGUCCCAUCACCAGUUCUCCUCCAAAAUGGAUGGCUGAAUUAGAAAAUGAUGAUAUUGACAUGUUAAAGGAGCUGGGGAGUCUCACCACAGCUAACCUGAUGGAGAAGGUGAGAGGGCUACAGAAUCUGGCAUAUCAGUUGGGACUAGAUGAAUCUAGAGAAAUGACUCGAGGGAAAUUUCUUAACAUCCUGGAAAAACCGAAAAAGUAGCUGAAUAUGGAGUAUAGGAAGAAAUAUACCUGACUGCUGGAAAACAACCACAGUUCCACAUAUGAUGAAAUCAAAGACCGUCUCUCUGCCUUAAGCUUACAGAAGUGCUCCCUGUUGCACCUCUUUUUCUGAAGAGAAGUGUUCCUGAAAAUGUUGGCAAGGACUGCCACUGGAUCCCUCAGCAGGGCAGUUUGACCCUCCUGCCUCCUAGCUGCCCCUGCACAUUCUGGCAGAAGAAUCUGAUGUGACAGAAUUUUAUGCCACUAUCUAGUCAAAGUAAUGGUCUCAUUCAUCUGCUUUUGGCAAUAUAUAUUUAAAAUGAAAGCAUGGUAGCAGGGUUUUUUUGUUGGUUGGUUGGUUGGUUGUUUUUAAUUAUAUAGGCCUGUGUCCUGAGGUAACAUUGCACAUGGUUCUGGGGUGUGUGUGUGUGUGUGUCCCUCUUUUAUCUUUGGGACAAGAGCUUUAUAUGUAACUACCAUGCUAGAAAUACCACCACAUUUCUGGCCACAAGGAGGGCUCUGGAUGAAAAGGGACCAGUUUUGUGUUUUAAUUAUUGUUGGCUAAUCCUAGGACAGGGUAACAUAAUUGACUUUAUUAUAAGGUAAUAUUAUGUAUAUAUUACUGUUAGCUACAGGCAUUGCAGAAAGAUAAUAUGGGUUAUAAUUAUUUUCCUCUCAUGACUUGGAUUGCCUCAGGUACUGGAUGGGAAGAAUGCACCAAUACUGAACUUUAUUUAGACUGCCAGUUGUGUGGAUAGGGUAGGAUGGUGAAUGUAUUUAGAUGUCUAAAUACAUCAUGUAUGAAAGCAGUCCUAUGAGAAGGGGAACCUCUGCCAUACACUCAGCUCUAUCCAUUUUCCCUGUUUAUAGUCAGGAAUCUGUAGCUGUUCCAGUGUAGUUGGAAAAAUAAAAGAUGAAAGUCAAAAUAACACUUUUUUCAUAACAGAACUCUCCAAAAUGGAAUUUGUCUUGUGUUCAUAUAUUGCCUCUACAUUGUUUUCAUGUUUUUUACAGCUCUGGAAGACUCUUCUCCAAAACAUAAUGAAGUCAUUUGGGAUACCAUGGUUUUGGGGAACAUUUAAAAUUGCUUGUCCACAAGAAGAAUACAUUGGGAGUUGGCUUUCAAGUUUGUUUUUCCAGAAGGAGGAGCUAGUUCAACUAUUGGCACAAUCUAGCCAAAAUUAAGCUCUCUUAAGUGCCAUCAAUCUCAAUGGGACAGUUCAAUACAUGCUGAAAUCUCACCUAUUGCUAAAUCAAUAGGAUACAAAAGAACUUAAUUUAGGUUGGAUUGUGGCCUGUAUAUUCUAGUAAAAACUAUAUUAAAAAAUUUCCCCUCUCUGGGUCAGCAUUUAAAUUCAGUUUGUGGGCCAAAGGUUAGAGAUACAUAUUGUCUAUCCAAACACUUCCCAAUUAUUUGAAUAUGGAGACUUUACAUUGUCCGUUUCAAUCUGCAGGAAGCAAGUAAUAAAAGAGUUAAACAUUAUUAAAUUUGUUAUAAAAUUAUCAUAUUUGAAAUUCUUGCGUCUGUCUUAUCUGCAAUUUUUCAUAUGUUUAUGUUAAGUGCAUCUCAAAAUUGUGUGCCAUUCAUUUCAAUGGGGAGGAUUCAAGCAUGUGCUUAAUUUUUGCAUUGAAAGCAAUGGGGCCCAGGUUUGACUUUAGCUUCAUGGUGCCAUCUGUAUUUACUGCUGUUUUGAAGGUCACUGAAGCACACAUGAGGAAUUCAUGAAACGGAAACAUUUAGACAGUACAUGAGAAGCCUGCAUUGCCAGCCCAGUUAUGAAUCAAAAGUUUGAUUAGUUGUUACUCUCUGCACUUGAGGUGGCUCUGUGGGGACUCAAUGGGGGCCUGCACACAACUCCCCCAGUCCUCUUGCAUAUGUGCUGUUGUUCCAGAGGGCUAACAUUUCCAAGCACUGCUGCACGACUGGAAACAUCUUGUUGAGGAUCAGUGAUGUGUUUCUGACUUUGCAGAGUCUUCCAGAGCACAAGCAGCACUCGGAAGUGUUAGCCUUCUGGCGCAAUAGCACACACACAAGAGGAGUAGGGGAAUUGCACAAGGGCUUCCCCCAGAGCCUCCUUACAGAAGUGCUUUGUUAGGAUGUCAGCCAUUUACUUCUGUUUUAGAACUUUAUCCUCCAGAGGUGGGGUAUGUUUCAGAGUUGGGAUAUUUAUAUAUUUAUAUUUUUCUUCCAUAGAUAUGUUGGUAGUGUAUUUUUAUAGUCUUACUACUUAUUUGUAUUACCCUGAACAAAUAAUCUGUAUGUUAUAUCUCUGUGUGUUCAUAAUAAAUAAAGGUAAAACAAUG